CAGAUACAUUUCAGUGUAUAAUGUAAUCCAUGCAUUUAAUUUUGUUUUAAAUAAAUUAUAAAAUAAAUCGUUUAGUGUAAAAAAGUUGUAAAAGUUUAUGGUGAGACGCCACAGAACACUUAACGCUAACUUCGGGUCCAUUGGCAAAACAUGAAUCAUAUGUGUGGUGUCAAAAUAAGUGCGAACAAAAAUACAUAAGAAAUAAUGUGAUAAAUAAAUUAAUAGUGAAUAUGGCAGAUGAUAAAAUUCUCACAUUCUCGUUCACAUGCCAGAAGUGCUUUCAACCGUUGAAACUCGACGAAUCGUUAAAUUCCUUUUCCGAACACAUAUCUGCUGAGCUAAACAUACCCAUACAUUCCAACCCAGAUGUCGAUUUGGAAUCGCAAGCAACCAGUUUUGAUCACUAUGUUCCUCCGUACAGGCUUACGGAUUCUGGAAAUGGCGUGAACGGUUUUAUGCUUAUAUCAGAUGAAAACGAAUCGGAAGGAUUCACUGGCAGAUUAAAGGUACAUGAAGCAUUGUUUGAUACUCUCUCAGGAAAUUCUAACAUAGAUCAUCCACUUUGCGAUGAAUGUACAGAUUGUCUGACGGAAAUGUUGGAAAAACAACUCAAAAUUACAGAAAGUGAAUAUGAGGAUUACUUGCAAUAUUAUAGAUCUUUACAGCAGAUUGAUCUAAAUGAACCUAAACUAAGUGAACUGCAGAAGGAACUAAAUGAUUUAAAAGAUGAACAGAAAAGAUACCUUGAAGAAAUGGAAGCCUUUGAGAAAGAGGAGGAAGAGAUAUUAAAUGAAAUUGAAAAACAGGAAGAGGUUUCACGGAAAAUUUUGAUUGAAGAAAACAAAUAUUAUCAAGAAUACACCAAACACAGAAGAACUCUGGCGUCCACUGAAGAAGAUGCAAGAAGUUUAGAUGUACAGUUGAAUUUGGCUAAUUCUCACUUUGUUAAACUAAAGAACACCAAUGUAUUCAAUGCAACAUUUCAUAUAUGGCAUAAAGAGCAUUUUGGAACAAUCAAUGGCUUCUGCUUGGGCAGGCUACCAUCUGCUCCCGUCGAUUGGUCAGAGAUCAACGCAGCUUGGGGACAAACUGCUCUCCUUCUCUCGGCCCUUGCUAGAAAAAUUAAUUUGAAGUUCGAAAGAUACAGACUGGUGCCAUAUGGAAAUCAUUCUUACAUAGAGGUGAUAGGGGAGCAAAAGGAGUUGCCUUUGUAUGGUUCAGGAGGAUUUAAAUUUUUAUGGGAUACAAAAUUCGAUCACGGUAUGGUCGCCUUUUUGGACUGUCUAUCGCAGUUCCAGGAGAAAGUGGAACAGAUGGAGAAGCCAACAAAGAUGUUUUGCUUCCCAUACCGUACAAACAGCAAAGGCAAAAUUGAAGACAAAGAAGCCAGCUACUCAAUAAAGAUACAAUUAAACUCUGAAGAGCAAUGGACAAAAGCUCUUAAGUUUAUGUUGACCAAUUUGAAGUGGGGUUUGGCUUGGCUGGCUUCCCAAUUUAGCAAUGAUGGCGAUGAGUCGAUUCCGUGUGAAAAUUAAUGUAAUUGUAACUGUAUCAUGAAUGUAAAUCCUUUUGUGUUAUCGACUGACGGGAUAGAAUCGCCUCCAUGUCUUGUAAUGGGAAUUGUUACGUUGAGAGAGCGAUUGUUUAUACAUAUACUUAUACAAAUUUAUACAAAUGUAAAAAGUUUUUUUAACACACAAUAUGGUAUACUUUAACAAUUUACUUUUGCUGUAUGUAUAUACUAAAUAGAACAUUUUUUGUUAGAAACUGACUGAAUACACUUGUUUUAUGAAUUAUAAUAAAUUGUAGAAAGCCUA